GGAAUUCUGAUUGGCAUUUCUCAAUCAUCAAUCAACUUCUUUACCAUCAUGGCUUCACCAAGAUUAGUUUCAAUUAAAUGGUUAUCUCAAAUCAAAGCUUCAUCUUCUAUUCAUAUUCUAGCGACUAGACCUACACCAUCAUGUAGACUAUCUUCAACUCUCUCACCUGAUCCAUUCGCCGCUUUCGAUCGUGUGAUCCGAACUCCAUCUAAUCAAAAUCUAUCCAAGAUAUCAAGGAAUUCAGCUUCAAAUUCAGCUUCAACUUCAAUUCCAUUAUCAGCUACCACUGCUUCACCUGGUCAAUCUGCUGCAAUCGAGUCUCAUCCUGCUACUUCGGCUGCAGAUCUUCAUCCGAUCCCUUCUACGCCUACCAAGCCUACUUCUCUGGCUGACUCGAAUAAUGGGAUAUCGAACGAACCUUUACCGGAAUUGGACGAUGCUACUAUCAAUUGGAGUCAUAGCUUCAGUGGAUUAAGUCAACAACCCUUUCCUAAAGACGUUUCUGAUAUUCUCAUGGCCCCUCUCGAUCCACAUGAUGUAGAGAUCAAACCAGAUGGUGUGAUUUAUCUUCCCGAAAUCAAAUAUCGCCGUAUCUUGAAUGAAGCAUUUGGUCCGGGUGGAUGGGGACUUGCACCUAGAGGAUCAUCUCAUGUUACAACCCGAAAUGUAUCUAGAGAGUAUGGAUUGAUCUGUUUAGGUAGAUUAGUUUCGAUCACUCGAGGAGAACAAGAUUAUUUUAAUGGGGUCGAUAGUAUUCCGACGGCUACUGAAGGUUGUAAAUCAAAUGCACUGAUGAGAUGUUGUAAAGAUUUAGGUGUAGCAAGUGAACUUUGGGAUCCUAAUUAUGUGAAUUGGUGGAAAAGUAAAUUUUCAACUGUGGAAUGGAAUCUUGGAGCAGGUGGAAAAAAGAAAGGGUUAUGGAAGAAAAAACGAUCAGAGAGUUGGACUCCUCGAUUACCACCUGGAAAAUAGAAUCUUUUCUUUUAUCCGUUCUUUUGUAUUAAUAUUCAAUGUUGAUCAUCUUUGGGUAUUCUGUAUUCUGUAACUCUUCAUUUGAUCCUUCACAUGUGAAGGUGAUCACUUAAACUUACUUUUUCACUGUUGGAGUUUCAAACAUAUCUUGUCCUGCUAGCUGCUUUUAUUCCUUUACAUGGCAUUUUACAAUUCUUUGUCACUAUGUGCAUCAAAUCCUAUGAAUCAGACUGAUCAAAACUCUC